CCCGAAUGUGGUGGCGCUCUAGUUGCCUCCAGAGGGUUUGAGAAGAAUCGAGAAAAACAUUUAUAAAACAUGGCUGGCAGACAGUUUUAUCCAAAUCCUUACAACAACUCUGAUCUUCCACAAGGUUGGGAAAUGUUACAUGAUCGUAAUACAGGUUGGCCUUACUUCGUAGACCACAACACUAAAAGCACGAGCUGGGAAGACCCACGGAUAAGAAUGAGACAGCACGGUUUUGGUUUCCCAGAGCAAAAUUCAUUUUUCUCCAGAGAGAUUCCAGUUUUCCAUGAAAGUUCCAAACCCCCAAAAUGGACACACCAAGCAGGACACAGAGCUGGAUCACCAGCAGGACUUGGGUCCCCAAAGAGGAUGCAGUCACCGGGUCGCAUGGGGUCGCCCCAGAGGACGAGUUCACCGCCUGCUGCUCCUCAACAAAUGCCACAGCCAUAUCAAGGUGUGAGGGAAAUUCCAGUCCAUCACACAUCUUCGACUAAACCAAGUCAACAGCCAGAUCUUCAGGGAUAUACUUUCUACAAAGGAAAUGCUGGGGGAAACCAAGGUGGCUACCCUCAACAGGGUUAUCCUCCAGCAUCACAGGGUCAAGGAUAUCCUCCAGCAUCACAGGGUCAAGGAUAUCCUCCAGCAUCACAGGGUCAAGGAUAUCCUCCAGCAUCACAGGGUCAAGGAUAUCCUCCAGCAUCACAGGGUCAAGGAUACCCUCAAACAUCACAGGGUCAAGGAUACCCUCAAGCAUCACAGGGUCAAGGUUAUCCCCAAGGACCCCAAGGAGGAUAUCCACAACAGCAGUAUCGACAGAUGCCACAGCCACAUAUGCCUCAACCUCAACCUGCUAAGGAGAUACCUGUGUACCACCAGGGAGAGGUGAAGUACCCUCCACAACAGACAGGACACCACCAUCAGGUGCCACCCCAACACUACCAGCCUCCACAACAGUAUCAGACACCACCGCAAACACAACCAAACCAGACACAGCCUCCUCAGCAACAACAGUAUCAACCCAAAUCACCAAAACAGGUGCGGCGUCAGGACAAACCGCCACAGAAAACUGCUGACGUUCCUAAAACAGAGACCAGUGACAGUGAACAAAACACGAUUUCCAAGGAACCUACAGUACAAAAGAGUGCCGAUCAAACAGACAGUGCCUCUACAGAAACAAAGAAAGAAAAUGAAAAUUGUCCUUUAAAGAAGAUCGACAAAAUAGUGAGUGAUACAGCACAUAUAAAAGAAGGAGUAAAUGCAUUUUCAGGAAAGAAAUCAGACAAGCAGUAUAAAUAUCUAGAGGAAAUGUUAAAUAGAGGAAUUUUGAAAUUAGAUGGAAUUGAGGCCGGUGAUGAUGAGAAAGUGCGAAUGGCACGGCGGACAGCAGUGAAGGACAUGCAGUCAUUUCUAGAUCAGUUAGACCUUAAAGCUUUUGUAGAGGAGGAACCAAAAACAGAAGAACCAAUGAAAACAGAUUCUAGUGAAACUAACCAGGAGAGUCAGGAACCAAUGGAAACGGAGGUCAAAGGGGAAAUUUCAAAAGAGGAAAUGGAGGAAAGUGCUGACACAUCUUAACCAGAUGUUGUGUCUUAAUAUAUUCAUAUUUGUGGUGGACAGAGUGCAUGCUUAUUUAAACUUAGUGAUAGCAAUGUUUGUAUGGAUAGAUACGUUUUGUUUGUAAAACUGCUUUUGAAGUUGUUUUUUGUUAUGAUGAGAGAGAUUGUUGAAUGGUUAUUUAUUACUUUUUUAAAAAUAUAUUAUGUACAAGUAAAUUUAUCACUGUUACAACAAGGCAUUGAAAAAAUAUACAAUAAAAGAAAUAAUUUUUUUUUUCAAUUUUUUUUUUUUUUGGUGAAUAAUUGGGACUAAAACGAUUGAAAUGUUAUAGCAAAGGUACAUGUAUGCAAGAUUUUUCAAAGCAUGGUUUUUUUUGGCAGUUUUGCCUACUAACACAAUAUCAUGCAAAACAUAAUUUGUAAUUCAUUGGAAUUAACUUUGCAAAAAGGGUUGUUGAAAAUUUAUAUAUAAAGGUACAUGUAUUAUAAAAGUUCAUUUUUGGCAGAAAAACAUAUCAUUUGCGUUCCAAGUCAUCAAUGAUGUACUCGAUCACAUUUUGUUAUUGAUAUUGACAGUUAUUGUAUACAGAAACAAAGUGAAUUUUUAUGACAUAUGAGAUAAUAUGGAACUUUUACAUUGCAAAAGUUUGUUGAUUAUUUAUUAAACUAUCAGUAGUGUCACAAGACUAGCUAAAUAUCAAUAAAUUUAUUUGAAGGAAAACAA